CCAAAACCCUGACCAAAUAAACCUUACUACCGAGAAACACCGUCACAGAAAAGCGCACGCAAGAAAACAAAUGUCCACCCACUCUUCCCCUCUACCCGCCUGCUUCCGCCCAACCACCUCCGACGACCACCACCCCACGGCGGCGCCGCCUCCCCCGACGCCACCGUCGGCCGACAGCACCAACCUCACAACCUGCCUCUACCAAACCCACAUCGGCCUCUUCUCCCUAACCUGGUCCAGGACCCUCUUCGGCCGCUCCCUCCACCUCCACCUCCACCACCACCACCACACCUCCGCCACCUCCCCGCUGCCGCUCUCUCUCCCGUCCUCUCCUACGUCUUCGUCCUUCUCCUCGAGCCUCUCAUUUCACCUCCACAUCAAGCCCUUCAUCUUCUGGAAGAAGCAUGGCUCCAAGAAGCUCAACUCCAGCACCCAAAUAUUCUAUGAUCUGACCCGGGCCAAGUUCGGGGCCGGGCCUGAACCCAUGUCGGGAUUCUACAUCGCGGUCGUAGUUGAUGGCGAGAUGGCCCUCCUCGUCGGCGACUCCAUCAAGGAGGCCUACUCGAAGACGAAGGCACGCAAGCCUAAGAAGGCCCAGUUCAUGUUCCUUAGGAGGGAACACCUCUUUGGCAACAGGGUCUACUCGACGACUGCCCAUGUCGGGGGCCAGAAGAAGGAGAUCUCGAUCGAGUGCAGCAUGAACGGGGACGGGAGGCUGUGGUUCGGGAUCGAUAAGAGAAAGGUUCUUCAGGUGAAGCGAUUGAAGUGGAAGUUUAGAGGGAAUGAGAGGGUCGAGAUCGAUGGGGUGCCGAUAAACAUUUCAUGGGAUGUGUACAAUUGGAUGUUCGACGACUUGUCGUCCAAUGACGGGCAUGCUGUGUUCAUGUUCCGGUUCGAGAAGUUGUUAGGGUUCGGUGAGGAGAGGUUGGAGGACUACAACUUUGAUGGGCUGGAGAACUACAGUAGCUUCGGGAUGAACGAGAUUGAGCUGAGGAAGAUGAGGAAGAGCAUGCUCCGGACCACGAGGAGCUCCUCCUCGUCCUCCAUCUCAUCCUCGGCCUCGUCGGGUGGCGGCUCGUCCGUGAUGGAAUGGGCGAGCUCGGAGGAUAACGAUCUCUGCGGGCCCAUCGGGUUCUCCCUGCUUGUCUACGCCUGGAAGAGAUGAUGAGGACGGAAAAGCAAAGCAAUUAAUCAGAGCUCUCGAUUGUUUUUUUCUGCAAUGACGACUUCGCAACUGGCGAUACCAAUACCGAUACGGAACUGGAGCUCGAGGCAUCGAUUGAUCGUUCCGACCACCUGUUACGAUCUCUAGAGCGACGGACAAGUUUGGAAUUCUUCUCAAUUUGGUAAAGUUUGCAAUUUCAUGGACUAACCCAUUUGUUUGUUGAACAUAAAUAAAGCCAAAGGAAUCCCUUAAUGCACACAGGAGAGGCACACAACACAUUAAGCUAGAAAUAGAAGGCAGCUUCCUCAUAUAGAUAAUGUCAUAUCACUCUGCAUAUUUAUUGAUGAUGAAGAUAGGAAAUAUAUAUCGUUGUAGUCCUCAGAAAAUCACAAGAAAAGUUCAUUGUACUACGGACGACUGAAUAUACGGCACGGCGAAACAAGUCGAUCUAACGUUUGAUGUGUCUAUAACAAUUUCUUCAUAUAC